CUGUACGGGUGGGAGGGACGGAGUGAGAAACAGAGAGAGAGAAGACAGCAGCAGUGAGAUCGCUAUCAGCUGAAUUCAUUACUGUAAACAUCUCCCAGGGGUUUCGAGGGGAAAAGGCAAGUCUAACAUUGGCAAUAAACUAUCAGAUGUGAAACAUUAUUACCGGAGCAUCGGGCAACAGUCGCAGGGAGCGCACGCAUACUGCUUGGGACACACGCACGGAGCAGGAGCAAGAAGUCUAGAUAGGCUUUUCCCCUAAUGUGAUCCUUUAAUCUCUUGAAGGAGCACGGAGCGGAGAAGAACUGAGGCAGAGAGUGGUUCCCGUGUUGAAAGGCGGGGGUAAGGCACGGAGUCGGGGCUGAGUGUGGGCUUGUAGAGCCCUCCGCUGGACUGAGCAAGCAUGCAGCCUGAGGGACUGGGAGCCGGUGGGCUGCGCGGAGCGACCCCGUCCUCGCAGAACAGAAUACCGCUGGAGCGCUGGGAUCUGUCAGGCGGCUCCACCGCAUGAACUGUCUGCUGACAAGAAGGAAGCCUGCAAAAAUCCGGGGAAGUGCACGAAGUGGAAAAGGAAGGGAUACAACAUGAAGAGGAUUAAAGCACCGUUUAGGGUCUCUGGAUCCAAAUGUCAAGUCCAAAGGAGGCUACUUCUGUCAGAGCGCAGCAGUGUGUGACGAGUGAGUGAGAGAGAGGGAGUCCUGCAUGAUAAACCUGCUGAGUAUUUCCAAUGUCUCCCUGUGCUGCAUGAUUUUAAAUUGGCCCUUGCUUGGCUGAAAGCGAAAUGUGAUGAGCUGCGCUAUCAUCUGAUAUCCAAGCAUGGAUGGAGGCAGCCAGAAGAGCAACGCAAGUUAAUGAGACCAUUGCUCUUGUAUUUGGAGCUUAGGACAAGCAAUUAUAGAAGGAUUACCCCCGACUUCUUCCAUAUAGCAUACUUACCAGCAAAGUAAGCAUCCACCCAGGCUUUUAAAGACUUUCUUUACAGUGGAUUCUUUUUUUUUACAAAAUUGCAAAGUUCCAAUUAUCUUAAGAAAUGGAGUUACAUGCUCGAUUCUGGAAUAAAGACUGGGCUACGUUUCUAAAAUCAUGGGUAACCAUAUUACUGGGUCUCCAAGUACAAUUUUAUAGGGCUGCCUCUUGUCCAGAGGAGUGCCGCUGUGAUAAAACCUUUGUUUAUUGCAAUGAACGGAGUCUGACAUCGGUUCCUCUUGGGAUACAGGAGGGUUACAAGACACUCUACCUCCACAACAACCAAAUCAAUAAUGCUGGAUUCCCUGUUGAGCUGCACAACCUUGCUUCAGUGGAAACAGUGUUCUUAUAUGGUAACCAGCUUGAUGAGUUUCCCCUUAAUUUACCCAAAAAUGUGCGGGUACUUCACCUGCAGGAAAAUAACAUCCAAACCAUUUCCAAGGCAGCCCUGGCCCAGCUGUCAAAACUGGAAGAGCUGCACCUGGAUGAUAAUUCCAUCUCUACUGUUGGAAUUGAGGAGGCUGCCUUCCGGGAAGCCGUUAGCCUUAAGCUGUUAUUUUUAUCAAAAAACCACUUAAGCAGUGUGCCAGUUGGAUUGCCGCUGGAUCUAGAAGAGCUCCGUCUUGAUGAAAACAGAAUUGCUCUCAUUGCAGAGGAAGUGUUUCAAAAUGUCACAAAGCUCAAGCGCUUACUUCUGGAUGGGAAUCUCCUAACAAAUGAAGGAAUAGCCAAGGGAACUUUCAAGGCUUUAGUAAAUCUCACAGAGCUGUCCAUGUCUCGAAACUCUCUUACCACUCCACCCUCUGACCUCCCUGGUGAGUUUUUAGUGAAACUCAACUUGCAGGAUAAUCAGCUGAAUGAGAUCCCCGUGACAGCCUUCUCUAACCUGCAUCAGCUAGAGAAAUUGGAUAUUUCAAACAACCAGCUGCAGUCCCUGACACAGGGGGUCUUUGAUGGCCUUACAAACCUAAGGCAGCUCACUGUUAGAAACAACUUGUGGUACUGUGACUGCAGGAUUAGAUGGGUAACAGAGUGGUUAAAGUCUCUACCAGCACCUCUUAAUGUACGCGGAUUUAUGUGCCAUAAGCCAGAUAAGGUCCGUGGCAUGGUAAUCAGAGAGCUCAAUCUCAGUCUGAUCCCAUGCCCCACAAGCACCACAUCUGAGCCACGGCUCACCCGCAUACCCACAGAGGCCCCUCCUUCUACACCCCCCACGAGACCAACUGCAACAGCACCAGAUCUGUCUCCCACACCUACAACCCCAUCUCUGCCCACAGCAGGCGAUGAGCAGAGGACUAAGCUCCCUCCCCAGGACCCUCUGCAGAUCUCUUUUAGUUUUGUCAAUGACACCUGCAUUCAGGUAAGCUGGAUGUCUGUCUUUUCAGUCACUGCGUACAAGGUGUCUUGGGUUAAAAUGGGGCACAGCUUGACAGGAGAUGUUGUGCAAGAAAGAAUGGUCAGUGGGGAACGACAGAGACUGAGCCUGGUGAACCUGGAGCCUAAAUCCACAUAUCGCAUUUGUAUAAUCCCUUUAGAUGCUUUCAAUAACUACCACCCUGGAGACGAUACAGUAUGUUCAGAGGCUACCACCAAACCUGCAUCAUUUAGCUCUAAUAAUAAGGCCACUGGCCCAGAGCAGGCCACUCAGCAAAACCCCAGCUCCCCUUUCCUCCUGGCCGGUUUGAUAGGAGGGGCGGUGAUUGUUGUUCUGAUCGUUUUGUUAAGCAUAUUCUGCUGGCACAUGCACAAGAAGGGCAGGUACUCCUCUUCCAAGUGGAAAUACAACCGAGGAAGACGAAAAGAUGAUUACUGUGAAGCAGGGACUAAAAAGGAUAAUUCCAUCCUCGAAAUGACUGAAACAAGCUUUCAGAUAGUCUCCUUAAAUAAUGAACAGCUGCUCAAAGGAGAUUUCCAGAUACAACCAAUCUACACCCCAAACGGGGGUGUUGGCUUCAGAGACUGCCAGCUAGGUAAUAAUAGCAUAACAUACUGUAAGAGCAAUGUCCCAGAUGUGGACUGCUGCCAUACAUGAUAGUUUUGAGACCACAUUAGGACCUUUGUACUAAUAAUACAAUUGAAUACUGUAUAUAAGCAUACAGUAUAUAUUUCCAAGACCUGUCCACUAUGUAAUUUAUACUGUUGGCUAUUAUGUGGAAAUCUGCUAUCUUUUUUAUUCCUUAGUAAACAAAAUGCAAAUUGUUUUAUAAUUUGUUGGUUUUCAAGUUGUAUUAAGUACUGUACAGAUGAAUUUGUACAAUCAAGCCUUCUUAGCUUCUUCUUACAGAAGAUGUUCUCUUUUAGUUUUAGUAUUUACAUGAUAUCGAUAUUGGGAGACUUUCUUAACCACAGAAGCAUAAAAUGCGCCUUUUACAGAAUAAUACUUGGACCUCUUCAUGCUACACAUGAAAAGAAGUACCUGCUAGAUAUAAAUAUUGAUGGUUAAACGUAAGAAAAAAAUCCUUUCUAGGGGCUAAUGGAAAAUAAACAGAAAGUAGAUCAUACACUGCAUAAAACAUGCCAGUGGUUAAAAUCAGAAAAGAAAGAGAACAAAAGUCUGUGAUAAUAUUUCCUGGAUCCUUAGUAAAUCCAUAAGAAAAGGUGUCAUAAUAAUCUUAAUCAUUCUAAAUAUUAGAAUCCAAUAAAAUAAACCCGUGUGUAUAUUUGUAUGCCUGUUGGUAUUUCAUGGACCACUAGAUGGCACUGUCAGCAGCAUUGUAUCAGUCUGUGGCAGAAGGGCUGCUGAGGCAAUGUGAUAAAGGGGCUUCCUGACUGUUUAGCUGGUUGUCAUGUUUGUUAGUUUUCUGAAUUUGCUUGGGGAAUGUGGUUUUCUGACCUAAAAAAUGUCAGAAAAGAUCUUGAAUGGUGGACUGGUUCAAACAACAGUGAAGGUAUGCUCGUCUCACAUAUAACAAAUAUUUAUUAUUAUAUAAUAUUCAUUUUCAGCUUUUCAGUUUACUGUUUCUAUUUUGAUUUUUUUUUUCAGUUUCUUGUGAACAUAAAAGAAAAUUAGCUUUUUUUUUAAAAGAACAUUUUGAGUCAUGAUGUUUCUAAAAGUCUGUUAUAAUAUACACCUUUAUGUCAAAAUAGUGAGUAGGGUGAUUAAGAUUAUUAUCUUGUUGGCUUUAUUUUAGCUCAAGCUGUUUAAGAUGCCGAAGAAGAGAAAUUGUGCUCACAUAAUGAAACAGUUAAUUCAAAAAAGGAUAAAUGUGGAUGCUGUAGGAAAGCUUAAACCCAGAGAUACAAGAAGAGACAGGGGCCUUCAGAUCAAAAGGGCUGUUCACACUAAGCAGAUGUGUUAAAGGUAACAGGUACAGUAUAACAUAGUAUUUGAUAGUGGCUGUGAUGGAUAAUAUUAAUUGUCCACACUUUGGGUGAGGUGGAAGUGAUUAAUACAUGAUCAGACUAAUAGACAAUAGCAGAUAUUCUUCUAAUUAUAAAGCUGCAUACAACAUAUCACUUCCUAAUUAAGCUCAUACAUAUGUCAAUCAAACAAAAUGUGUGUGAUUGAGAGGAAUGCAAUUUUACGCAAUGACAAGGAUACUUUAAAUAUAGUUCAGGUGGGUAGCUGCGUCAGCAUGCGUAGGCUGCAAAGGAACAAGUAAUAGGUUUAUUCCA